GAGACGCUGCUUCUCUUUCAAACCGCCGCGGUUUGUUUUGACCAUACAGUCUAUGGAUUUGACACGCUGAGUGAGUUUGUUAUCAUCAGUCUCUAGAGUGGAAACCACCACAACAGCGCGAAUAAACAGGUUGCAUGAUGCUGGAACCAGCGCAGAUCCGUCGGAGAGGCGCUCAGGAUUUUGAAGGUUACUAUGAUCACGUGUGUGCGGCUCAGAGAUCAGCUCCGGUCCGUGCGGUGCAAGCCAGCCUGAGUCGAGGGAUGUUAGAGUUUAACCCUGAUCACAUCAGUCUAGCGGACUGGACGCCCAUCCUGUCAGCCCUGGCCAUCAACAAACACCUCCAGCAUGUUGCUAUCAAGCGCUGCCACCUCACCAGCACUGCAGCUCAAAGUUCUUACAGGUCUCAUAAGAAGAAGACCCCUGCGAUUCAUUCCAAGAAUAUGACUUUUCAGUUGUGCAAGGCGGUGCAAAAAUGCCUGUGUGAGUCAAGCAGCCUAAAGACCCUUCAGCUACAUGGUUUGCCACUGAGAGAAAGAGACCUCACAGUUCUCACAAAGGGUUUAGUUAAGAGUGUGUCAUUAGAGCAUCUGUCUUUAGCACACUGUCCAAUUGCAGAUCAAGGUUUGGAAGUCAUCUGUCAGAGUGUGAAAUACUCCUCAACGAUUAAGACAGUGGAUUUCACUUCCUGUAAUAUUACGUGGCAGGGAGCAGAGCAUAUGGCGAACAUCAUAAAGCACCAUGCAAUGAGACGGCAUAGCACGGCGUGGGUGGAGACUUUGCGCUACAGGAGAGCAGAGUUUGAAGCCAUGAGCGGACUGCGCAGAAUUACUCUCAAUGACAACAUCCUGAUCGGAGACAGAGGAGUGAUGGCACUCUCCCGCGAGCUUACAGAGGACCUGUGGGUCAAAGGUUUGAGAAGUCACUCUUCAACACACACACACACACACAGGUCCUCCUCUGUAAACUCUGUAUGGAGGCCUGGUUCAGUGGGGUACGUCCCAUGGUGCACUGCUGCUCGGGCUGGCUUACAAAGAGGUGCAGCACAGGCUGAUGGGCUGACCGACCAGAGUUUUCAAAACGCCUCCUCUGUGCGGGUUACCGUGGAGACGGAGUCAGAGUCAGAGGAGGUGGAUGCUGCAUAUGUACCGAGUCCUCAGGAGAAAAUCACUAGCUACCAGUUCAGACGAGUACAGAGAGAGAAUAAUCGAUUACAGGUGGAGCUGGAAGAGUGUUGUCUGAGGCUGGCGGAGGAGAGGAACAACAGACUGAAAACCAACUCUCGCCUGGUGGAGCUGGAACUGGAGAAUGAGCGUUUACGGAGUCUGAAUCAAUCCCUGUCUGAAGCCCAUCUCAGCGCCUCUGUUCUGGAGGACGAACAUGUGCUGGAAAGCAUCGAAUCCUCCUUCCAAAAAUUCCACGCAUUCCUAGACCUGCUGAAAGACGCUGGGCUUGGCCAGUUUGCGUCAAUGGCUGGAAUAGAUCAGUCAGACUUUGGGCUUCUUGCACAUCCUCAGCUCUCCUCAACACUAACAGAGAGGACAAGGACACACGCCGACCGAGGGAACCAGAGAAAUGAGGAGAGGAGGGAGAGUUUAGCAAAGGCAGACAUCCCUCAACCUGAAUCAGGGACUCAUUCAGAACCUCCUGCUAACACUGAAGACAUUCCCCGGCCUCAUUCUCAACAGGAAGUGCCACUGAGUCCAGUCAGCUUGUGUGGUGCCUCCCCAGCUUCACAGGAGCCGCUUGAGUUGGAGGCCCCUGAGAGGAGCAGAGAGUCAUCGGACCCUUCAAACCACCAGUGGGCCGGCGGAGGCUCUCACUCAGGCAGCUCAGUCAGUAGUGUCAGUCUUCAGUCCAAAACCUCAAAGUCCUCCAGAGGGAACGGAUCCGUGUGCUCGGCUCUUAACUCGAGAGCGUCUAGUCUGUCUCAGUUGGGUUCAGGCAGACAGAGCGCUUCAGGAGGCCAGAGAAGCGCUGCUGGAUUGAUUGGGUUUUAGAGCUGAAUCAGCUGGAGAGAUCUCGGUUAAUGUAAAGAGCUUCUCUGGAACAGGUUGAAUAUCUGUUGCUGCUGUCAUCUUGACCUGGCCAGUGUAUAUUGAGAGUUAUGCGGAGACUGUAAAUGACCUGUUAUAAUCCUAUUAUAUGUUUGUUUGAAAAGUUGGAGUGCUGCAUGUCAUUCCAGGUACAAUAUGUGUUUUAUUCAUAGAUAUUAAUGCUGUUUAGAUUUAUAGACUAUGACGUUUUAUUUAUAGUAUGUUUGCAGUUCAGUGACACUAAGCUUAUUAUAUAAGACUUUUAGUAGAUUUGUGUGUGAUUGCUAAAUUGAU